AUGGCCGCUAAAGACGCUGCACAAAAAGAAAAAGAAUCACACAAAGAACAGAUCUACUAUUCAGAUACAUAUAAAGACGAAAUGUACGAAUAUCGUCAUGUGAUUUUACCAAAAGAAAUUGCAAAGAAAGUGCCGAAAGGUCGUCUACUAACAGAGAAUGAAUGGCGUCACCUUGGCGUUCAACAAUCACUCGGCUGGAUUCAUUUUAUGAUUCAUGAACCAGAACCACAUAUUUUGCUAUUUCGCCGUUCGCUUAAGAUUAGUCAACAAGUUCAACAGCAUCGAGCGGCUGCAGCAGCAGCUGCACAAGCUCAGCAACAACAGUACAAUGCCCUACACAUGAAAUAG